AUGACAGAUAACGCCCCUAUCGAUACCCAACUUACCAAAGAUACCCCUUCUUCCGACGUUGCAUCUUCCCCUGUACCAGCACCAAUCAACCCAUCUGCAUCACCUUCAACCCAGCCUGUCUCCCUUCCUCCAGCUUCAGCCUCUUCAACCGAAGUCAAGUCUCCUACAGAAACAAAGGCUAAAACCAAAUCGAAAGGGAAAGGGAGGAAGACAAAGGCCAGACCAAGACGACGAGUAGCCGACUCUGAGUCGGAACGAGAGGAUGGAGCAGCGAGCGAUGGGAGUUUGACGGAUCCUUCGUCUGCUUCGGAUUCCGAGCCAGAGUCGGAAGAGGAAGAAGAAGAAGACGAGGAGGAAGAAGUAAAAAAGAAGCAAGAUGAGCCUCAACCGAAGGAGGAAACUGGGAAACCACCGGUUGAUACAGAUAAGAGUGGAUCACCUGCCAAGGUGACAGAUAACGCGAAAGGAAAAGGAAAAGGGAAAGUAGGUCCAAAUGGAGUGAAAAGGGAAUAUACAGAGGAGGAAAACAAGCGGUACGAAGAGAUGAAAGCCAGGAGAAAAGAAAAGCAGAAAGCGAAAAGAGCAGAGUUGAAGGAGACGAAGAGGAAAGAAAAGGAAUCAGCGAAAGCCGGCACAGAUGGCAAAGUCAAAAACAAGGAAAUAGAGGCGGAUGAAGAGAAUACCGUUCCGUUAGUCGCUGAUGGAUCACCUCCGUCCCAAUCUCCCGUUCUACCGAAUCAAAAAGGUAGAAGAGGAUCCAAAUCACAGAGACGUCAAUCGGUGGUCGAUGAUGACCCAAAGGUCGUCCCUAGACAAGGUAAAUUUUGGACCCACGAUCAACGGUCUGAUCUCCAACCUCAAUCUCAAGAGGCGUAUUCAGCUCAGGGUGGAAGGGGAUUACCUGAUUGGCGUGGAAGAGGCGGUUUCAGAGGUGGAUUCAGAGGUAGAGGUGGAAGAGGUUUUGCCAAUAACCCUUCAGCGCCAUUUGGUCGUUUCCAACAACAGAAUGGUACAGCCCAGGGACAAGAGUUGACAGCUGAAACACCGGUCGAAUCUGAGAAGGAAGAUGGAGACGAACCUGUGCUGGCUAUGGAUAGGUUGGAGAAAGAAUUGGCUAAAAAGGAAAGAUCUCAAUCUGCCACGACGACGGCACCGACACAGCCUAAAGAGAAGAAAUGGGGUCAUGAAGCGUUUGAACAGAUCCAAACAGAGAAGGAAAAGAAACCUGUUGUCUCCCCUGCAGUUGCGCCAAGAGGUGGAUUUAGGGGUGUACCCAGGGGUAGAGGAAGAGGCUUUGGACCUCGAGGUGGUCAUUUCGGUCAACCUUUCAGACAACCACUCUCUUCACUUCCGUUCCACCCUGCCAACCUCGCAGCAAACGCGGCUGCCGCUGCCAAAUCUGCAUCUUCCGCUUCCGUCACACCAGCUCCUGCCCCUGCAUCCGCUGUCGCUCCCACUUCCGCCUCCACCCCUCUCACUCAGACGAUCGUGCCACUACCGAAAGCGGAGCAGCAAUCAACUCGACCUGAUGCUGACGAUCUACUUGGUGAAUCUUCUCAAGCUGUCACGAUCAAAUUGCCUGGUUCCACAAAUACAGUAGAAGUUGCUGUAUCUCACCCAUCUGAGCAGAACAGCGCUCCUGCUGAAGUUGCUACAGAGUCGGUCACGGCUGCAGUGAGAACACCUGAACUCAAUGCAUCCGGUCAAGCUAUCCUGUAUACCUCGCCCGUUCCUCCACCUCAACCUGUCCCUACCCAGCAAUCUCAAUACCAACCUCAAGUUUCCGCCCCUCCCCCACCGACCUCCAUGUAUCCGAAUGGAAGCGCUCCUUCACCGUUCCAACCUGGUUCCGAGAACGGCUCCAUGAGCAGCGCCGGCAUGAGUCACAGCCAAUUUAUUCCUACCCAUCCUUAUCCACCGCAAAAUUCGCACCUCCAACAAAAUGUGGUGCCUUCACCUUCAGGAUAUAGUAUGGGCUCCGAGUUCGUACCUUCCUCUCGACCUCCUCAAGUCCAUCUUAAUGGUAACAAUGGCCCAUCCAGGCCAUUCUAUCCUCCCGGUGCACCCAGAUCGUAUCCUGCUCAAAAUCAGAACCAAACCCAACGUCCACCUAUCCAACCUUUCUAUCCUUCGCAACCACAAUCUUUCGAAUACGCUCAAUCUCACUCUCAAAGAGGAUCAUUCUCGGGCUCUCAACAGUUUUACCCCGCUCAGCAAGUCCAUGUCAAUGGGUAUAUCGAUGGGAGGGGAUCACCAUACAAUGGAGGUUCACUCUCACCUUAUCCUACAGGUAAUGGUCAGAUGAACUACUUCGCACCUGCUAGACCAAGUCAGAAAAUUCAAAUUAAAUCGCCUUCUGCUUCGACGUCGGGUCAAGCAAAUGACAAGGGAGAUAAUAUUCCUGGUCAACCCACUUUCGCAAGUUUGACUACUACUUCAUCGAAUCACACGGAUAUGGAUAACAUGAUUCAAGGUGGAUAUUAUCCUCAACAUUAUAAUCCUUAUCAAACGCAGGCCGCUAAUGGAUAUGACGAGAGAUAUUAUGGCUUGCAACAACAACAACCUGCAUACGAGAAUUGGCAGAAUGGUCAACAACAGGGAUAUACGGGGUAUGAAGGUGAAUAUGGCUAUUAA